CUUGUCCGCCCGGGAUGCGGGCCUCCAGCCGGAAGGGGGCGCCAUCACCUCCCUGACGACCUCACUGCCUGUGAGCUUGCGGGGCGGAGGUGUCUGGUAAUCCGCUUCGGAAAACAUACGCACUACGUUCAAGUUGGGACCAGGUCUCGCUGCUGUGUCGGCUGCCCCCCGUGACCCCCAGGCCAGCCACGGUAACCUUUAGGUGUGUGCGGCCAGCAAAGCCCUGCCUUUUCUUACCUGUUUGUGCUCUUGCUGAGGCUCAGGGGCUGCUACCUGGUGGGUAGUACAAGUUCCCCCCAGAGUAGGUGGUGGCAGAGUCACCUGGUUACUGAGGCAUCCGCUGACCAUCGCAGGUGCCUGGGCAAGCAGUGUGGUGAGAUGGGGCGUACCUCGAAAGACAAGCGUGACGUCUACUACCGCCUGGCCAAGGAGAAUGGCUGGCGUGCCCGCAGCGCCUUCAAACUGCUGCAGCUGGAUGAGGAGUUCCAGCUCUUCCGAGGUGUGACGCGGGCUGUUGACCUGUGUGCAGCCCCGGGCAGCUGGAGCCAGGUGCUGAGCCAGAAGACUGGGGGCCAGGAGGCUGGCCAAGUGGUGGCUGUGGACCUGCAGGCUAUGGCUCCGCUACCAGGUGUGACCCAGAUCCAAGGGGACAUCACCCAGCUGUCCACUGCCAAGGAGAUCAUCCAGCACUUCCAGGGCUGCCCAGCAGACCUGGUGGUGUGCGACGGGGCUCCCGACGUCACUGGCCUGCAUGACAUGGAUGAGUACAUGCAGGCCCAGCUCCUCCUCGCAGCUCUGAACAUUGCCACUCACGUCCUAAAGCCGGGGGGCUGCUUCGUGGCCAAGAUAUUCCGAGGCCGGGAUGUGACGCUGCUCUACAGUCAGCUGCGCAUCUUCUUCUCCAGCGUGCUCUGUGCCAAGCCCAAGAGCAGCCGGAACUCCAGCAUCGAGGCCUUUGCUGUCUGCCAGGGUUACGACCCUCCUGAAGGCUUCAAGCCAGACCUGAGCAAGCCCCUGCUGGACCACUCAUACGACCCAGAUUUCAACCAGUUGGAUGGACCCACCCGCGUCAUUGUGCCUUUUGUGACCUGUGGGGACCUGAGCGCCUAUGAUUCGGACUGCAGUUACCCUCUGGACCUACAGGAUGGCUCCGAGUACAAGUACACCCCGCCCACACAGCCCCCCAUCUCACCCCCGUACCAGGAGGCCUGCACGUUGAAGAAGACGGGCCGGCUAGCUAAGGAGGUCCGCCCUGAGGAUGGCCCCAUCAGCAGAGCAGUCACAAUGCCUCAGCCCCUGGACACCCAGCUAGCCCCUGAGAUGGAAGAUAAUGAAACUGAAAUGAACUGUUCACGUUAACGUGGUUAGCUGGCAAGCUGAUAAAAACGCCAAAGCUGCUUGCUAUCAGGAAAGCCAGAACUUGCGUUGAGCCUGUUUUCAAGAUCAUGUCAUCAUGGGGCCCAAACAAACAAGCCACGUGUUGGAAUCUGCAAGGCCACCGUGAAGACACCAAGGAAAGAAGUAGAACACUACUCUGGGGAAUUCCCGACUGAGGCCUCCCCUCUUAUCUCUACCUCUCUAGGGGUGUCCUAAUUAUGUCCACAAUUUCCCCUGAAAGCAGAGAUUUUUCAGCUGGAUGGAAAUCAGGGUGUGCAUGAAUUUGAUGGAGGAGAAAGUUACGUAUUUUCAUGAAGGACUGAAAUUUAGCUUGAUUCCCAGAUGCUAAAUAGGCAUGAUAAUAAUAAUAAUAGCCUAUGAUGUAGGCUUCGUGACAACAUGUCAAGAUACCUUGUAAAAUCGGGCAGGUGUCGUGGCAUAGCAGGCCAAGCUGCCGCCUGUGAUACCGUUGCUGGUAACAAAUCACAACAGGAAAAACGGUACCUGUGAUUUUCCCACGAAAACAGAAUAUCAUUUUUAUGUUAUGUUAAAGUUGGAUGCAUAUGACAAUAUUGUUCAUAUUUGUCACCACUCUGAAUGAUAGCAGACUUUAUAACUCGAUGUUCUAACUAAUGUUAUUGCAAAAAAAAAGGUUGGAACGCUCAGUAAGUCUACCCUUGAAAUUUUGCUGGUCAGUCUUUUUUUUAUUAGUUGGUUGCUGUGAUUUUUCAAAUAUAGAUUAAACUUACUUUAUAUGAGCUUCCUGCUUUUUGUAUAUUUUUGUUUUGAUAAAUUGGCUUCCAAAAUUCAGUAGAUUUUUGUCUGUUUUAAAAAUGUUACUCCUAGUUAAGAAAAUCCUCUUAGUACUUUGUGAAGGUCUAUAAACUAAAUAAUUAUUCAUUCCGAUUCCUGAAAUUGGUGAUUUGUGUUACCUUUCUCUUUGUUUUCCUUAAUCACGUUUGCUAGUUUUUGUUAGUAUCGUGUCUGCUUUAAGAACUCCUUUUUUCUUGUUUAUUUGUUUUUAUUGUAUUUCAUAAUGCCUGCCAUUAUCUUUUUUCUUGGCUUUAUUCCAGUCUUCUAGGUCGAUUUACCUGUAGCCAGUUUGUUUUUAUCUUUCUGCCUUUCCUAUUGGUCCCCACGCCAGAUGCCUUAACCCCACAGAAUCUGUGUGUCUUCAUCUCCUGAUCUGCCUCAGGAGUCUUCACUACUGGGACAAUUGGAUCCUCUGUUGACCUACUGAAGGAACCCUCAUUUCCUAAAGCCUUCGUCAUUGUGAAUAAAGCCAUUUUAUGUACUGUAUGUGUAUUUAUAGAUAUUCCUAUUAAUGUCAGGUUGUUUGUAGGCCUGUUUUGUUUUUAUACCAGUUGGGUAACUGUAGAAGGGCAUCUUUGCCACAUCAUAUGGUGAUGCUGUGUAGGCUUCGUGACAACAUGUCAAGAUACCUUGUGAAAUCGGGCAGGUGUUGUGGCGUAGCAGGCCAAGCUGCUGCCUGUGAUACUGACAUCCCCUGCGGUCACCAGUUUGUGUCCCAGGUGUUCCACUUCUGAUCCAGCUCCUUUCUAAUGUCCCUGGAAAAGCAGCAGAGGAUUGUCCGAGUUCUUGGGCCUCCGAGUUCUUGGGCCUCUGCACCACGUGGAGACCUGGAAGAAUCUCCUGGCUUCCAGCUUCUGCUCGGCACAGCCACAGCUGUUGGAGCCAUUUGGAGAGUGAACCAAUGAAUGAAAGCUCUCUCCCUCUCUCCCUCUCUCUCUCUCUCUGUGUGUGUGUGUGUGUGUUGCUCCCUAAUCUGCCUUUCAAAUAAUCUUUUUAAAAAAUUUGUAAAUUACCACUAUACAUUCUAACCAGAAAUGAAUGAGAUUUUUAUGGUAUUUUCUGUCCUUUUUUUCAAAAAGAUUUUUUUAUUUUUUAUUUGAGAAGUAGAGUUAGUGGGAGUCUUCCAUCCACUGGUUCACUCCCCAAAUGGCAGCAACAGCCUCAAGCCAGGAGCUUCUUCUGGAUCUCCCACAAGGGUGCAGGGGCCCAAGGACUUGGACCAUCUUCUGCUGCUUUCCCAGGCCAUAGCAGAGAGCUGGAUCGGAAGAAGAGCAUCCGGGACACGAACUGGCGCCCCUAUGGGAUGCCGGCGCUGCAGGCUUAGCUCACUAUGCCACAGUGCCGGCCCUCGAUACUUUCUAUCCUUGUAAACCAUUGUCAUUGUCAUGGGUGUUUAUUUGUGUUUCUUAUAAACACCCUUAUACGUGUGUAGUGUAUCUAUCUCAUUGCUGUGUUAGCUUGCAGUCACUUAAUGCACAGUUCAUUCCUUCUCAGAAUUUGCUAAUUCAGCACAUCUUAUUUGUUUAUUUCUGGUCUGUAUGUGUUUGGUGCAAAAGUGACUUUUCAUAUAUAUACCAAGUUUUAAAUUGGGGAAUUUAUUUUUCUUAUUGUCAAGUAAAUUCUUGAUAAAUUUUUAAUGUGUUGCCUA